AGCGAUGGCGCCUACAGAGGCGUCGAAGCAGGUGCAGCUUAUGGAGGUGCUGAAGAAGGAAGUGAGGGCCAUGCUGAUAGCUGCCAAAGCGGGCUUGACGCCAGAGCAGCUGGAGGAGCAGUACAUGGCCGUGGUCUGCAAACCUCUCCCUCUGCGUGACCUGGGCUUCCAGUCCACCUUGGAGCUGGUGACACAAAUGCCUGAAGUUGUCCAAAUCUGUUCUCUUAAGGAUGGUGCUUUAAUACUGAAAGCCAUUGCAGAUGACUCCACCAAAGGGAUUGCCAAACUGGUUGCCAACCAGAAAGUAAAGACACGUAAGGCAUCAAAGAAAACUGCUACAAAGGCAAAUGCUACUUUUCCCACUAAGAACUCUAAGAAUCCACAGAAUUUCCAAACUCUGAGUGCUGGGACUUCUGUUCUGCCAGCAAUGGUGAAGGCUGAGCUGCAGGACCUGCUGAGCUCCUCACCGCUCCUGCUGGCAGACUUGGACAAGGCCUUCCUCAGACGCUUUGGCCGGGCGUUCCAGUACAGGCAGUACGGAUUUUUGUCCAUGUUUGAAGUUCUCAGGAGCAUGUCUGAUUCCAUUGUCGUUGAGCAGACAAAGGCAGGUUCCUUGCUGGUCCUGAGGAAGUACUUGGCAAGCAAGAUAGAACAGCGAGAGGCAUUUCAAGGUGAGGCUGAGGAAGAAGAGAUGCCUCAAAAUGAAGCUGAGGAGGAAGAGGAGCCUCAAGGUGAGGCUCAGGAAGAAGAGAUGCUGCAAGCAGCAUCUGCAGCUGAGAUGCCUCCUUUGGAACCCACCUGUGAGACAAAGAGGUGCUACCAGGCAGCAGUUCUGAUGGAUUCGGAGCCAGUGCAAACACAAGCAGUAGAUUUGGGUGAUCACCUCAAACAGCAUCAAGGUUUUGAGCAGUUUCCAGCGACUCCAGAAAUCCCUCCAGAUGCUGUUCAGGACAGAAGCCUUUGCAGUUUGCCACCUCUGAAGAGAAGGUGCUUGGUGGGAGUGAUUGUGGAAUGCGUCAUCUCUCCUAGCCAGUUCUACAUCCACAUCUGCAGCACGGAAGCAUCCUAUAAACUGCAGGAUCUGAUGUUUGAGAUGAGACACGUUUACUCACAUAAAGUUGCUUCUGAUAAAUACAUCAUGCCUGAGUCUGCAGUGCGGCCUGGACAGCUCUGCUGUGUCAUGGUCUCCAAGUGGUGGUACCGUGUCAUCAUCCACCGUGUGAUCAAUGACCAGGAGGUAGAGGUAUUCUGUGCAGACUAUGGACACCUCCAGAUUGUCCAGAAGUCUUGGCUGAGAUUCCUCAAGUGGCACUACUUGAAGCUGCCUGCUCAGGCCAUCCCCUGUUCCUUGGCAUGGGUAAAACCUGUGGAGGGUACGUGGUCCAGUGCAGCAAUUCUCCUGUUCAAGCAUCUCUGUCGCUUCAAGGAACUUGUGGGCAUCGUGGAUGAAUACGUGGAUGGUGUUCUGAAUCUCUUCCUAUGUGACACAUCCACCAAGGAGGAUGUCUACUUCCACUCUGUCUUGAGGGACAUGGGAUAUGCUGAUAUCUGUGGAGAAAACAUCCCUUCCCAGGAAUUUGAGGAACUGAAUCCUUCAGCCUUGUAUGUUCAGCCCAGUGGAAAGCAGGGAAAUGCUGAAGUGGUGGAGCCAGACCUUUGCUUGCAGCAGGAAUCUCGAGAUGCAGACAGUGGAACAGCAACCUUGAAGCUGAAUGGGGCUGAGGUGUGACCAGAUGAAGGAAACAUGAAGACCAACUCCUUCCCAGGAGUCUCGUGGUUGGCCUCUGCCAUGCUCUGGCAUUUGUGACCAAGGGCCACCUCAGGAACUGUGUCCCUCCUGCCCUCCUCUGCAGUGUUGGCAGCUGCAUGAUUGGCCACUUCAUAUGCCUUCUUCCAGUGGCUGCCCAGCCUGAGAAGGAAGGUGUGAUAGGAGGGGAGAAGCUGGAGCUGCUGCCAAGGAAGACUGGAGCAGCACAGGCUCUCUGUAUGACCCUGCUGUUGGGUUUUUUUUUUGUUCAGAAAUGUUUAAUCCCUUGAAAAAGCCUGGAGUGUGAUAUCUCAGGUGUGCCCAGCAUGUGUGACAAAUGUUAGUUUUACUUUCAGGAGAGUAGUUUGGUUUUGUUGUACCAGUGGCAUACUGAGUUACUGCUCUUUAAUAUAAUGGUUCAGGAGAACAUCCAAGUGUCACAUUGCGUUAUGUAUCCUUUAAGUUUAAGAGAGGGAAAUUGGCUGCCCAUCCCUCCUUCCUUCAGUGCAUGAGCUGUUUUGACAUUGUGUGGGGAGGUAAUUUUGGUUUUUAAUACAGUGGAUGCUCUACACACUCCUUGCUGUGAGGAGAGCCAAAGAAACCUCCUUCCCCAGGAAGAAGAGGCUGUGAUUUGUUGGAUGUCGCGUGUACAAAGUGUCAGGAAUCUCAUCUUAAAGAUACGGAAUAAAAUCUGUAAGGAAUCCAGUGAGAAA